UGUCAAAAUUGCAAUUGUGGUUGUGGUCGUAUACCAUUUUAAUUUAAUCUAAUUGAUAUCGAUAUUCUAAUUUCUAUCCACUGCAAAGGGUAAUGUCGUCCUUCUCAUCUCAUACAAUGAAACUUUUUGAAGAUAAAUACAAACAAAAGCGCUAAAAACCCACUAUAAACCCACACCCACCCACUGAGUCAGUCACUCCGUCACUAGUCUCGCUCUUUCUCUCUUCUCCCUUUCUUUGUUUGUGUGGUGAGAGGUGCUCAACACAACAAUGGCAGACCCUGGUCUCUACGACUUCCUGAAACAGCCCACCGACCCCUCUACCGGAAAACCAACACAGUCGUCGAGAAUGUUUUCAUGCCUCUACUGUCCUCGCAAGUUCUACACUUCUCAAGCCCUGGGUGGCCACCAAAACGCUCACAAGCGUGAAAGAGCCGCUGCUCGCAGAAGCUUCACCGCCGACCAUUCUGGUCUCCAGAACGACCCCUCCUCUACCGACCAUCCUAAUCCUAUUCCUAUUCCUAUUCCUAUUCCUAAUCCAAAUGCACCUUAUUGGCUGGAACCGUUCCGAUCCUUCCAUGGCUCGAGCUCAGCCCCACUCGGAGUUCAUGGCGGUGGGUCGACCCCUGAAUCUCUCUCUCCGGCCGCUGAUUCUGCAGACCACGUGAAUCUUGACCUCUCACUCCGUCUAUGAUAACUCUGCUCGUAAGUUAAAGUUAUAUGAUUGCGUGUGGGGAUUUUUCUGAGCAAGUGAGUGAGUGAGAGCUUAGCAUUGGAAGUAGAAAGGGAGAGGAUGGAUGGUUAUGGUUAUGGUUAUGGUUAUAGUUAUGGUUAUGGUUUUGAUAGUGUAGGGAUUAACUUUUCAAGCAGAGAGAGAGUCGAUUUGAUGGGUGGGUGUGUUGUUAAAGAUGAUCAAGUUUAAAGUUGUUUAUAUUCGGAGGGUUAAUUCGGAUGUUUUACAUGUCUUUCACUUAAUUAAUCAACUUUAUUUAUGUUUCCAACUUGAGAGUCAUCAUGGGAUAUGGGAGACUCUAGCAUUGAUGUCUCUCUCUCUCUCUCUCUC